GGGCUAUAUAAGCGAAUACAGAGCACUUCAUAUGAGACAGAAAUAAGCAGACGGAAAAGCUUCUAGCAAUUCGUUGUUUGUAGUACUGUACUGUUUAUUGUUAUGGUUUUUGUGGAAACUGUCAAAUGGGAAGAAUUGACUUGUAUCGCUAACUUUUUUUUAAAAAUUAUCUUUGUCAAUAAUUUUGUUUUGUUAUCUUCGUAUGUAAUAUCUAAUUAACAGUAUUAUAUUCAUUCUACUGAUAUCCAAUACUUCUAAAAGAUUGCCAGUAAUUAUCAGGAAAAGACAUGCAGAAUAAUUAUCAAAUGCAAAAUACUGCAAAUAGUCUUGAAUUCUCCUGUAAAAAUUUAAGAAUGACAUUAGUGUAGGAAAAAUUUCUAAUUAUAAUCAUGGGAGAGGCAGAACCAUCUCAGAAUACUAAUGAGAAAUUUGUCUCUCAGUGUCAUGCUCAGCAGAGUCUAAACAGAAUGAGAGAUCUAUGUUUAGCUGACAAACUUACUGAUAUCACCCUUGUUGUUUCCAAUAUUGAAAUAACUGCACAUCGUCUUGUUCUUUCUUCUGCCAGUGAUUAUUUUUAUGCAAUGUUCACAAGUGAUCUCAUGGAAGCUACUCUGAGUCGCGUACCAAUGGAAGGCACUGAUCCUAUUGCUUUACAAGCAUUGGUUGAAUUUUGCUAUACUGGUGAAAUUCAUUUAACUGAAGAGAAUGUGGAAACAACAUUAUCAACUGCAAAUGUUUUACAAAUAUCUGAAGUAGUGAAAGCAUGCUGUGAUUUUUUGGCAUCUCGGUUGCAUCCUUCGAAUUGCAUUGGCUUUUCUUUAUUUUCUGAAUCUCAAGGGUGCAUGGACUUGCAUCAAGCUGCUUUAACAUAUGUAAUGGAUCAUUUUAUGGAGGUUAUUCCUAAUCAAGAGUAUUUACUAUUAACUGCUGAUGAAGUUAAGAAAUUAUUGGCUAGUGAUAUGCUGAAUGUUCCUAGUGAAGAAGAAGCAUUUCAGUCUCUUAUGAUGUGGGUGGAUUAUGAUUUACCAAACCGAAGGAAGGAUCUACCAAGUCUCUUAGAAACUAUUAAACUUCCUCUUUUAUCUCCGCAGUUUCUUGCAGAUCAUAUCGAAACUAAUCCUCUAUUUAGAGAAAAUUCAACUUGUUACAAUUUAUUUGUCGAAGCUAUGAAAUACCAUCUUCUACCAGAAAGACGAUCUUUGUUGCAUUCUCCUCGUACAAGGCCGCGGAAAUCAACAGUUGGCUCUUUAUUUAUGAUAGGUGGCAUGGAUGGAGGAAAAGGCUCUUGCCGAAUUGAAAAGUAUGAUUUAAGAAGUAAUACUUGGUGCGACUAUGGCACUAUGACAGCAAGAAGACUGCAGUUUGGUGCAGCAAUGAUAGACAAUAAACUUUAUAUUGUUGGUGGACGUGAUGGUUUAAAAACAUUAAAUGUUGUUGAGUGUUAUGAUUUUGCUUUGAAAAGAUGGAUAUCUAUGCCAUCUAUGUCAACUCAUCGACAUGGACUUGGUGUUGGUGUUUUGGGAGGUCCUAUGUAUGCUGUUGGAGGACAUGAUGGCUGGACCUAUUUGAGUGCCGUGGAAAGAUGGGACGCUAGUACUCGACAAUGGAGCUAUGUUGCUCCUUUGAACACACAGCGAAGUACUGCUGGUGUUGCUGUCUUAAACGAUAGGUUGUAUGCUGUAGGUGGCAGAGAUGGUAGUUCUUGUCUACGAUCUGUUGAAUGCUUUGAUCCACAUCGAAAUAAAUGGACUUUUUGUGCACCUAUGUCUAUCAGACGAGGUGGUGCUGGAGUGGGUGUUAUAAACAACUAUCUGUUUGCUUUAGGUGGUCAUGAUGCUCCUAUUUUAAAUCCAGGUGUUUCAAGAUUUGAAUGUGUUGAAAGGUAUGAUCCCAGAACUGACACGUGGACAUUAGUGGCUCCAAUGAAAAUAGGACGUGAUGCCAUUGGUGUUGGUGUUCUUGGUGAUCGUUUAAUAGCAGUUGGAGGCUAUGAUGGACAAUCAUAUUUGAAAAUAGUUGAAGCUUAUGAUCCACAAACGAAUGAAUGGGAAGAAAUUAAAGAGCUUGAAGAUGGACGUGCUGGAAUGUGUGUUGUUGUUGUGAAAAAUCUACAUGUGAGCGAAUAGCAUAAAGUCCAAAGGAUUUUUUAAAUUUCUUGUGAUAACUUUGAAAUUUUAUAAAUUUUUUACAUUUAAGAUAUCGUUACAAAAUGCAAAAGUAUUUAUUUAUUGUAAUGUGCAAUUGUAUAACUAUACAAAGUUGUUCAUAACAAAUGAUGAAAAAUUUCCAGUUAACAAAAUCAUCAUUGAUAUGAGCUAGGAAACUAUAUAUUCUGUGUUUAAGUCCUUUUCAUAUUUAUAUUGCUCACAAGUAAUCAAAAAUAUUUCAGAGCCUUAUGUGAGCAAUGUGUACGAACUUAUAUUUAUAGAAAUAAGCAAACUGCCAUACUUUUAAUUGUCAGUUUGCUUUUGUGGGCUUUCAAUAUUGAUUCUGCAUGGAUUGAAUUUAGAACUUUAAAAUUUAAUUACAUAUUAAUAAAUUUUGUAUAAAUCUUAAUCCUAAUGUUGUAAUUGUUAAGUCAAUAGGAUUAAAAUUUAUAAAUGUAUGGAUUCCCCAUUUUACAGUCUUUGUUUAGUUCUUAAAUUAGUGACGCAAAAUGAGAAAUCAAACUAAUUUAUAUGAAUCAAAGUAAAUAAAAAUCAACCAUUUUAUUUUAUAAAAUAAUUAGUUUCAGUAAUACUAAAAAAUAUUUUUCUUUAUGUUUAUGGCAUAUUUGAAUAUAUGGUAUGCAACUAAAUUAACUACACAAAAUUUUCAUAUUGAAUUUUGCAUGUGUUGAAUAAAUGUUUUGUGUCUGAGCAUUGCAUUAAUCAUUACAGCAAAGAUUUAAGUAGCAUGGUAUUAGAGUUUUCUUUUUUUUUAUUUGCAAUUAAGUGUAAGCAAGUUUUCUAAAUUUAAAUAUACGAACAAUCAUGUAUUCGUGUGUGAGCUUAUAUGUAAUAUGUAUUUUUAAUCUAUUAUCAUAAGUUGAUUAGUAUCUUAUUUUCUUCCAAUAAUAUAUGUGAUAACUGUCAUGAAUUUCUUUGCUUCUAGUGGUAUUUAGUAUUAUCCCCUCAGUUAGCUAUUACCUAACAAGGCAACACCUGGAAAACUAUAUUAUGUAAUUUUACUUAUGUGGUCUGAAUGUGCACGAAGCUGAAAUCUGUACAAGACUUAUGUUACAAUACUUGGGUAAUGUUUCAUUAGUAGAAUAUAUGGCCCUAAAUUAAUUGAAUGUUUUCUUUAUAAUAUUGUUGUUCAUCGUUUGCUAUUUGUUAUGUUAUAACUUAUGGGUUAAAAAAAGCUCCCAGAUUGGCCAGUAAAAAAAAUUUUAAAAAAUCUAUUCACAUUUUGCAAAAUGAAAUGUCUUUUUAGAAACUUAUAUAUUUAAUUAAAAAGCCUCUCAAUAUUUUAAUGCAUUUAUAAAACAAUCAAAAUCUUCAAUUGCUAUGAUUAUUCUGCUAAAUUUCUGUCCCUGGAGGCAUAUCUGUAAAACAAUUGAAAUUGUAAGGGCCAGAUCUGGAGAAUAGAAUAGGUGAGAUAGUAUUUAAAACCCGACUCGUGAAGUUUUGCAAUUGUAGUAAUUAAUUUGCAGUAAGGUGCGUAAUUCUAUGAAACCAAAAUUUCUUCUUCACAAUGUAAGGUAGGUUCAUCCUAUUUCCAUUCAAUACUAAUUUGUAUUAUUCCCUAUUGAUGUUCUUUCUGAUAGUCUGCGCAUAUGAUACCACCAAAAAAAACUUGUUUACUGGAUGUAACUUCAUUGUUGAAAAAUAUCUGAAACUUUAUUAUAGUAUUUCAAAUGAUAUUUUGUUGAAAAACACUAUGAAACGUUUAAAUAUAAAAGUAGAGUUAGUAUUUCAAUUCAACUUUCUUAACUUUGGUAAUUUAAUGAAGUAAUAAAAUUAAGAGACAUUUUAAAGUUUGGAAAUCAGACCAUAUUUUUAGAUGAAACAUAUAGUGAAACUAGAAAUAUUAUUACUGGAGAAAUAAAAAAUAUCGAGAUUGUUAAACUAUUUUAUUGAAUUUUUAAGUUGUUAUUUUCUAGAAUUCAGUUUAAAAAUUUAAUUUAUUAAAAUUUAACUUUAAGAACUAAAAUGGAUUUGUUUCUGCUUAAAUUCAUGAUGCAAUGAAGUGAAUAAAUUGUAAGAAAUAGUAAUCAAUUUCAGUAUUACAAUCUGAGGUUAUAAAUUUUUUUAUCAAUCAUUUACUUCCUACACAAAGGUAUAUUGGCACUAUGAAUAAAUAUUGAGAGAAAUAUUUUAAUCUUUCACUUUGUUUGGUGUUUAAUGUUUUUUAGAUUAGAUAGAUAAGUACUAUCAAACUAUUUAAUUAAAGGAAAUCAAUUUUAUGAACCGUUUCUGUGAAAAUUUGAAAUUAACUGUUUUAUGUUAUAAUUUUAAAAAUUUAGGGAAUUAUCUAAUGGAAUUUAAAGCUCAGAAUAAUUUUCAAUACUCUGUGCUUAGCUGCAUUGUUUUUGUCGCUGGAAAACUAAUAAAAAAAUCUGUAGCUCUUUUGUUUAAAAAUAAUUUAACUUUAUCUACAUUUACAGUUUCCAAUAAAGAUGUAUUCAAAAUUU